ACUGGCAUCAUGACCCGGUCAUAUUUACUGAUACCCAGUUUAGUGAGUGGCUAGUCUCUGAGUAACAAGUCUCUGUCGAGUUUUCGAACGGUUAACAGAAAUGGCACCAAACUCGAGUGACGCGGCACCCGCUGCAGAAGGCUUUUUUGAGAGAGUCUUGCUGUUGCCUGCGCUCAGCGACGCCAUCGCCCUCGUUUCACACGCUUACAAAACUACUCAGGACCGACAUCAGUAUGUGGGAACUGCUUUGCGAGCAGCGGAGGUGGGCAUUCGGGUGGCCACCGAUGGCGCGCUCCCUCUGGCGAAGCCCCUUCUGCACCCUCUUGUGAACCGCGUCGGAGGCUGGGGCGCCCUGGAGGAGUGGGCGUGUCGAGGUCUGGAUCGUGUCGAGGAGGCAGCGCCCAUCAUCACCAAGCCGACGGAUGAGAUGCCAAAGACCCUUUUAUAUUGCUUGCUGAAGAAGCGACAGACGGAAGAGGCCUCGGGCAUAUUAGCGUGCCUUCUACUUCUCCAGCAGAUAUUCUCGAAGGUUGACGUCAUCACUACUAGUCGGGGCGGGCGACUCGCCGCUGGCGCUGCGGACCGGGUGCUUAACACCGCCCACACGCUGGUCGACGCCUACCUGCCAGCCCGCGAGGGCGACCUUCACGACACAGAUGGGCGGGACGCAACGGUGGGCGUUAAGGCAAUAGCACUGGCGAGCAAGAUGAGGCGCCGGAUGGAACGAGCGCUGCACUCGCUGGCGCACCCACACCACGCCCACGCCGACGAAUGUGACGCCAGAGAUGCGUCGGGCAGCUUCCUGGUUGCCUAUAGUCGGGAGUGUGUGCUUGGCUGGCACUCCGAAUUGGCGCGGCAGCCGGAGCCCUUCGAGUCGGUGCCUGGAAUUUUGAGAAUCGCAAGAAUUUUCUACAUGUACCUGAGGAACGUUACGGAGUAUGUCGGGCCACUCCUUCAAUCCUCGGUCGUUGCUGUUCGUAAAUCCCUGGCUGGGAAUGCCGUGGGUGAAGCCCUGAGCGGCGUGGCGGCCAACGGGAGUUACGUCGUCUCCGAGGUUCGAGCCUGGGGAGAGUACUUCAUUAUUGUCGUGUCGAUGACGCCGACUAUGAUCGAAGAGGCUUCGCUUCGCUCCAAGAUAUGGGCCGAAGGGUGCCUGGAAUCUGUUAAGAAAAGGAAAUAACAAUUCCACCGCCGUGAUUCAGUGAGCUGACUCCCUGCAUUGAUUUUCGUUUAGAUUUGUUUUUUAAAUGGUAUUGGCAUUAUCUUAUGACCGGCGUUUGUAAUAAAGGUUUAAAUAUGUGAUUUACUCAAUUAGAAUAGUAGAAAGCAU